AUGACGAUGGGCCUGGAGAGGCGUGACCCGCCCCUCAUGGCCAUGGACCUGUCUAAGACCUACGCCCCCCUGACCCCCGAGGUCCUGGACCUGGGAAAGAGGCCGGAGUGGUACCACCGCCCCUCGCCGUUCCGGGCCUCCUCUUCCUCCUUCAGCCCGGCGCCGCCCGCCCCCCCGCCGCCGCCCCCCGACCCGCUGGGCGCCGCCGGCUACAUCAACCCCGCGCUGGACCUGGACCUCUAUCGCCACGGCAACCACCUGUGGCACGCCGCCGGUUUCUACGGCGCCGACCAGGGCGGCGUCCCGGUGCCGGAGAGCAGCGGCGGCGAGGAAGAGGAGGAGGAGGAGGAGGAGGAGGAGAGCGAGGACAGCGGCGAGGACGUCAUCUUCCUGGUUUCCGCGGCGAAGGAGCCGCUGCUGUGCGGCGCCUUCCUGCAGGACGGCGUGCGGCGCCUGGAAGAUGGCGGCGGCGGCGGCGGCGGCUGCUACCUGCUGAGCUCGCCCAGCCCCGACAGCUCGUACUCGGACGAGUCCUCCGGAAGCUCGCUGGACAUCCCGGUGCACCACGCCCGGCCCGUCGUGCUGCUGUCCGACCUAAAUGUGUACGGGAACGCCGCCGACUACGGGAACGCCGCCGACUACGGGAACGCCGCCGACUACGGGAACGCCGCCGACUCGGCCGUGGACGUCUCCAGCGACGACAGCGACGUCAUCGAGAUGGCGGCGAACGACGUAGACGACGGCGAGGACGAUCCCGACCGCGACCGGACGCCGCCGUCGGGGAUCCGGCGCAGCUCCCGGAUCCGGAACGCCACGCCGGAGAGGCCCCGCCUCCGCGGCGCCGCACGCCACAGCCUGAAGCGGCGAGCAAAGAGCGAGGCGGUGGGAAUCUACAACGAGAGCUGCGACUCCGAGGACCUGAUGGAGUACGCGCUGCAGCUGUCCGGCUCCCAGGAGCCGCGCACGCCGCCGGGCGCCGCCGGGCGCCACGGCAACUCGGAGGAGUCGGAGGCCGACGCCCACCGGGCCCGCCGGGCGCCACGGCAACCGGAGGCGCCUACGGACGCCGCCAGUCCCCAGCAGACUCAGCCCACGCCAGUGGAAAAGGCGAGGAAACCCGAACAGAAACGGAAACCCGAUCAGAAACCCGGCGGCGGCGUGCCGGCGCGGCGCCGCCAGAAGCCGGCGGCGGCGAGGAGGAAGAGGCGGCGGCGCCUAAACGCGGGCGCCGGCGCCCCGUUUCCCCCCCGAGAGCCGGAGAUCAACCUCAAAUACGUCCGGGAGCGCCGGAGGGAGCGGCGCCCGGCGGCGGCGGGAUUCUGCCCGUUCGUUCACGUGGAGCGCCGGAUGUGCCGCGUGGUCAACUACCAGGAGGACGCCGCCGCCCCCCCGACAACGCCGCCGGCGUGCGGCUUCCUGCCCGGAUCUUCCUGCUUCCGAUUGGGCAGAACCCGCCCCGACGGCGUUCCCAACGGCGGCGUUCCCGACAGCGGCGUUCCCAACGGCGUUCCCGAGGCCCCGCGCUGCUGCCUUUGUGGCCAAACGGCGAACGCCACGGGUCUGGGAGACCUCCACGGG